AUGAGAUAUUAUUUAAAUAUUAUUUUUAUUUUUAUUUAUUUAUUAUCUGUUCAAUCAAAAGAUUUUAAUUCGAAUAUUUUUACUCAAAAAUUAUUAUCAACAACAAAUCGAUUAGAAUAUAUUCGCAACUCUCAUAGUUCUAGACAAUCACAAUCAGAUUCCCGUAUAUUCUACAAACGAUUUUCUUCGAAUACACAAACAACAACUUCAACUACUCCAUACAUUCAUUAUGGCAACUUCAAGCAUAUUUCAAUUCCUUCUGUAAAAUAUCCUAAUCUUGUCUUAAGUAGUCAACAACAGACCACGACCAAAAAUUGUUAUGGUGGAAAACUAUCACGACGUGCAUGUACAACAUCGGCAGGUAGUUGGUGUUGUGCCGAUGAUUGUGGAGAUACUUAUGGUGAAUGCAAAACGUCGUUAUUUGAGAUGAUAUUUAUUCCUUUCCAGAUUAUUCUAUGUCUUUGUGGAAUAUGUUGUUGGUCACGACUACAUUAG